GGGUGGACUCCAUCAUGCUGGUGGAGGAAGGGUUCAGCGUGACCAGCGUCGACGCCAGCGACAAGAUGCUCAAGUACGCCCUGAAGGAGCGCUGGAACCGGCGGAAGGAAGAGGCCUUUGACAAGUGGGUCAUCGAGGAGGCCAACUGGCUCACCCUGGACAAGGACCUGGCAAAGCCGGCCGACGGGUUCGACGCCGUCAUCUGCCUGGGAAACUCCUUUGCGCACCUGCCGGAUUUCAAGGGCGACCAGAGCGACCACAAGCUGGCCCUGAAGAACAUCGCCAGCAUGGUGCGACCGGGCGGCCUCAUGGUCAUCGACCAUCGCAACUACGACUACAUCCUGGCCACGGGCUGCGCCCCGCCGGGCAACAAGUUCCGUCUCUCCUACUACCCGCACCGCCUGGAGGCCUUCACGGAGCUGCUGAAGAGCGCCUUCCAGGGGCAGUGCCCACACCCCCUGCUACUUCCCCCUCCUCAGCGCCUGCCCCAGCCCCUCAGUGCGUCCCUGCUCCUGUCUUCCAGCAAGUUCCGUCUCUCCUACUACCCGCACCGCCUGGAGGCCUUCACGGAGCUGCUGAAGAGCGCCUUCCAGGGGCAGUGCCAGCACAGCGUGCUGGGUGACUUCCAGCCCUUCCAGCCCGGCCAGGCCCACACCCCCUGCUACUUCAUCCACGUGGUGAAGAAGACGGGCUGAGGCGCCGCCCAGGGCUCCCUGCGCCGCGGGCCGUGCUGCGCCUCUGGCCGCGUGGAUGCUUCUCCAGCUCCCCGGCGGCACGGCUGAGGGGCCUCGGCCCCGGGAACUGCGUGAGGCCGGAGGAAGGCGCUGUGGCUGGCUAGACGGGCCGGUGCCGCUGGUCCCGCUCUGCUUCUCUCGCUUGUCACUCGGGCUGCAUGGGGGCGGGCGGGUUCGACUAUCUCAGGGCUGUCGUGGGCUCUCCGGGCCCAUUGUGGGGAGAGGGAAACACGGCUCGUGGCGAGAUCCCA